AUGCUGGAUUCAAUCAAGUGUGUACUGGUGGGAGACUCUGCAGUGGGGAAAACAUCACUCUUGGUACGUUUCACCUCUGAGACUUUUCCAGAUGUGUACAGACCCACGGUGUAUGAAAAUACUGGAGUGGAUGUCUUCAUGGAUGGUGUACAGAUUAGCCUAGGUCUUUGGGACACAUCUGGCAGUGAUGCCUUCAAAGGCAUUCGUCCCCUCUCAUACCAACAGGCAGAUGUGGUGUUAAUGUGCUACUCGGUGGCAAACCACAAUUCCUUUCUAAACCUGAGGAAUAAAUGGAUUGGUGAGAUCCGCAACCACUUGCCCCGCAUCCCUGUUUUGGUUGUGGCUACUCAGACUGACCAGCGAGAUAUAGGGCCCUACAGUUCCUCCUGCAUCAGCCCGAUGGACGGGAAGCGGCUAGCCCAGGAUGUUCGGGCCAAAGGCUAUCUGGAGUGCUCUGCCCUCAGCAACAGAGGAGUGCAGCAGGUGUUCGAGUACGCAGUCCGCACAGUGGUCAAUCAAGCCAAAAGACAGAACAGGCGGAAGCUCUUCUCCAUUAAUGAGUGCAAGAUCUUUUAAGUCCCAUCAGCAGUGGUUUGGCCCGUGUUUGUUCUUUCUUUGCACAAAGAUAUAUCAGCAGAGACAGUGAAAGGCAAAUCAAAGGAGGACUCCCGGCAG